AUGGCGCCCUCAAUCAUAACCCUCGACACAACCCCCGACUUCGACUUCACCCCCUCCGCCCUGCCCCCGUCAGCAGCGGCGCCCGCGGCCACCCCCAAGCAACAGGAACGAACCCUCCUCCUCGCGCCCCCCUCCCUCUCCUCCGCGCCCAACAAGCUCUCCGCCGCCCUCGCCUCCCACGACCGCGCCGCCACAGACCUGCAGAUGCUCGACCGCCUCUCCGCCCGCCUCGUCGCCCUCCCCGAGUCCGCCUACGACCUCGUCCUCGUCCUCACCGACGCCGACGGCUCCCGCGUCGAGUCCACCCGCCUCCUCUCCGAUCGCGCCGUCCUCUCCGCCGUCGCGGAGGCCCUCAAGCCCGCCGCCCGCCUCCGCGCCCAGGACGGCGGCAACCUCGCAAACGACCCCGCCGUCGCCCGCGAGGCCGUCCUCGCCGGUCUUGUAGCGGUUGGUGGUGCUUUCGAGAAGCCCGAUUACGACGAGGCGCCGGUCACUCUCUCCUUUGGCAAGAAGAAGACUGCCACCAACGGAAAUGGUGCCGUGUCCCUCACCGGCGGUGCUGUGUCUCUCAACGGAGGAGGUGCUGUCUCGCUCAACAGCAACGGUGCCGUGUCACUGAGCAGCAAACCCUCGACCGCCCCAGCCGUCUCCGCGCCCCCGGGCGUGGGCUUCGUCGACUUCAGCGACGACCUCGACAUGGACGAUGACGACGACGAGCUAAUCGACGAAGACGCCCUCCUCACAGACGCAGACCUCUCUCGUCCCCUCAACAUCCGUACGUUUUCCAACCCUCCAGAAAGAGCCACAACAGAAACAUUGGGAAAUUGUCUUGACUAA